CACUUGAUGGAUGUACACACUAUUCUUGCAGAGACUGUAACUUGAGACUGCAGCUUUACAUUAAGCUUUAACAGUCGUUAUCACUGAGGGGGAUAAAAGCAGCUAAUAUUAGCUAACAUCCACUGACACCAAACUACACCUCCUGUUUGCAAUUAGCGCUAAACGUCACUUGAUAAAGUUAAGACCGAAUUAGCCGUUACAAGCAAUUAAUGCUAACCAAGCUAUAAUUUGGAGCUGUUUAUUGAUCAGCAACGGCAGGGAAGCCUGGUACAGAGUGUCUGUCAUCCCCUCGGUGUCCCCUCCCCACCUCACUGCUUGGACUGUUCCAUUUCGCAUCUGAAAAAAUCUGAUAGUUGGAGAGGAGUUCUUCAUGUCAGGGACUGCUGUAGCCUCAGCACAUAGAGCACUGUAGCUCCAGGAUCACCUAAGAUAAACAAAUGGAUGAGAAAGAGCUCAGUGAUCCCCUGAAUAACGUAUCCCUCAUUAAAGAUGACCUAACAAGGUCAAACAUGGGGUCCACUGGUGACUCAGAAAAGAUUAUUCAGCAUCUGAAUGAUGAACUGCGAGAGGCCCAGGAGCUAGCUAAUACUGAGAAGCACAAAUGCAUGGAGUUACAAGGUAUACUGGAAGAAGAGAGAAAAGAGAACAAACAACAAGCUGAUGAAUCUGCAAAACAGAUAAAACUUCUUCAAGGCCAGCUGCGACAGCUCCAGGAUGAAAUGGGCGUUCUCAGAGAGCAGAUAGCUGUCUCCUCCAGUUCACACGACGAGCUGCAAAGUGCACGUGAUGAGGCGAAGGCGCUGAAACGUGCCCUGGAGGCAGCCGCUGCCGAGCGGGACCGUGACGUUGCUGCUAUCCAGACUAACCUCUCAACUGCCUCCAAGGACCUGGACAAAUGGCGUGAGACUGCUAACAAAUACGAGCGUGAGAUUGAUAACCUACAGCGUGACCUUCAACAGCAGAGCAAGCAGUGGCAGAAAACUGCAGAAAUACAAGCCAGUGAGCUGCAGUCGAUGCAGGUGGAGUUUGCCAGGCUUGAGAAGGAGUGCUCCGUCCUGCGAUCUGAAAAACAAGACGUCGUUAAUAAGCACCAGAAGGAAAGGAGCAGUUUGCAGACAGAGUGUGUUUCCCUCAGGGCUGAGAAGGAGGAACUUCUCAAGACUCACCAGAAAGAGAAAAGCAGCCUGCAGAGUGAAUGUGCAGCACUGCGCUCUGAAAAAGAGGCAGUGCUGCAGAAACAGAAGCAGCUGGAGAAGGACCUUGCUAGUUCGCGUGCCCAGAAUGCUGAGCUGAGCAAUAACAUCCAAGCCCUGGAGAGAUCCCAGCAGGAGUUGGAGAAGAGAUUGGCGUCCCUGCAGCUCCAGCAUCAGCAGGAAAGCACCAAGCUGCAAACCCAGCUGGAUGAAGCAGACAGUCGCAGCAUGACUCUGCAGAGAGAGUAUGAGGAGGCUAAGACAGAGCUGUCGGACCUGAAGGAAAAAUAUGAGAAGACUGAGCAGGAAAAACAGACACUUGCAGAUGAACUUGAGGAGUGCAAAGCCAGCGUGAAGGAGUUACAGGAAAAGGGAACAAAGACAUCCCUAUUGCUGCCUGUUCAAGCCAUAGUCAUCGGCCUUAUCCUGGCUUUGCUGUAUUGGUGCUUCGGCGCAUUGUGGUAGUAAGAAGCUGUGGAUGAUCUGGGGGCCAGUGGUUGCUGUGGCUCUAACAGCUGUGACUGCUGCUGUGCUCUUCAGGACCUGAGGGCAACAUGUUCAAACACACACACACACACACACACACACACACACACACAUACACACAAUAAGUCCAUAUUUGUCAUCAGAUUUAACUGCACUUGCCCCCUUAUCAUAUCUGCACUAUUACUUAGGAGGGCUCCUACUUAACACUGUUUAAUUUUUAAGAUGCUCUAUUUUAGAUGACAGAGAGGCUAAUAAAGAAUGUCCAUUUUGUGUGCAAAUAAAGAAGUUUGUUUAUAUGUGUAGUAUUUGAAGGAAAUCUAGUUGGUCUGUGUUUUUGUUUACUGUCUUGACUUAUAUGAUGAUCCAUUUAUGAAUGUAAAGAUGGUCAACACACUUAAUUCUCAGAAUAUAUGAUGACAUUUUAGAUGGAUCACCUGGAGUUUGAACCUCCCUAAAUGUAACACAACUCCGUUACUGUCAGAAGAAUAAAUAUUGUCACAAUAA